UCACUUAACUCAGUUUUGGCCCCCUCCCUUCCCCGCCCCCAGCCUGCUGUAGAUAAUGCCGCCAGUGGCGGCCCUGACUGCCGAGGAAACGGUAGCCUAGGACAGUUGGCUAAGUGACACUGAAUCUCCCCGCCCCGUCAGACGCUUAAGAGGCACGUCCCCCGCCGCGUGAGGGGGUGGAGAAGUAGGUAGUGAAUUCGGAUCCACCUGGGAGGGGGGAGUGCAAGUUCCCGCCCCGGACAGCGGCAAGGCGGCAGCCACAGUUGAUUAUGGAAGAUUCCCACAAGGGUAACACUUCAGAAACAACACCUCAACCUGGUUCAACAGUUCAGGGAGCUCAUAUUUCUCAUAUUGCUCAACAGAUGUCAUUAAGAGGAUCUGCGCCAGUGACAAUUGUACCUCUUCCUGGAGAGCAAGUACAGGUUCAGGGGGUCAUCCAGACAGCUCAGUCUUCUGUAAUUCACCCACCACACGUGCAAACGGUAUCAUCUUUAUCAGAAAGUGAGGAGUCUCAGGACUCAUCUGAUAGUAUAGGCUCGUCACAGAAAGCCCACGGGAUCCUAGCACGGCGCCCAUCUUAUAGAAAAAUUUUGAAAGACCUAUCUUCUGAAGAUACACGGGGCAGAAAAGGAGACGGAGAAAACCCUGGAGUUUCUGCUGUUACUUCUAUGUCUGUUCCAACUCCCAUCUAUCAGACUAGCACCGGACAGUACAUUGCCAUUGCCCCAAAUGGAGCCUUACAGCUGGCCAGUCCAGGCACAGAUGGAGUACAGGGACUUCAGACAUUAACCAUGACAAAUUCAGGCAGUACUCAGCAAGGUACAACAAUCCUCCAGUACGCACAGACUUCUGAUGGACAGCAGAUACUUGUGCCCAGCAACCAGGUGGUUGUACAAACUGCAUCAGGAGACAUGCAGACAUAUCAGAUCCGUACCACACCUUCUGCUACUUCACUGCCACAAACUGUUGUGAUGACCUCUCCUGUGACUCUUACAUCUCAAACAACUAAGACAGAUGACCCCCAGUUGAAAAGAGAAAUAAGGUUGAUGAAAAACAGAGAAGCUGCUCGAGAAUGUCGCAGAAAGAAGAAAGAAUAUGUGAAAUGCCUGGAAAAUCGAGUUGCAGUCCUGGAAAAUCAAAAUAAAACUCUAAUAGAAGAGUUAAAAACUUUGAAGGAUCUUUAUUCCCAUAAAAGUGUUUGAUUCUUAAGAAAAUAUUUUUGUGGACUUGUCUAAAAAUUAGAUGGAAUUUUUCUUUUUAGUGGAGUUUCAUAAAUUAAAAGGUCAAAAAUGAAGCUUUUAGACUUUUGCAACUCAAAGAUAAAUAUCUUAUGCAAGAGAUCUAGUGACAGAAGAUAAAGUGGAAAAUUACCUCAUGGAAGUUACUGGCACAACUGGAAACUCUGUAAAAAUUAAACAUACUCAAGAAGCAUGAAAUGAACUUUCACCAAUUUGAAUUUUCUAAAUAACGGUAGUUGUCAAUCCAAAAAUGGCGAAUAAAAUUUGCUAAAUUGAAUUUUUAAAAAAUAAAUCAAUUUACCCUAUAGGUUUGUAGUUCUUACUAUUUCCUAAAAUUUACUUUUUUUAAUUGUGUGCAUGUGUAUUUUAUUUCUGCCAAUAAAUUCUAAAUUACAAAUAGAAAAGCUGAUACAUAACUAAAUAUAAAUUAUGUGUUCUGAUUACAUACAUAUACUCAUUCUAUUGUCAAGUCUUUAAGUGGGUUUUUAAGUUUGUUUAUUGGACUUGAGAGGGUUUUUUGAGACUGGAUUAAACUAUUUUUGAGGCCUUUUCCUAAAAGGCAUCUAAGGUACAUGAAUGGAAUGUGGUGAUUUUGUAACAUUUUUUUAUCGGAAUGGAAAGAAAACUGUUUAAAAGUUUGACACUUUUAAAUAGUUUGUUUUUGCAUAUUUGGGGAAUGGUGAUUUUCUACAAAUAUAUAAUUGUUUUUUGAUUCUAUAUUCUAUAUGUGGUUGAAUAUACAUUAUUCUGUUGUGCUUUAAUAGAAUGGAAUGUUUACAGGCCCUUGAGGUGAUAAUAGAGUAUUUUUUAAAAACUUUCUAAAGAUGCAUACCAAAGUUUUCCAAGAGGAUUUUAUAAUCAAUUUAAUGUAAGGUUUAUCAGAUUCUAAAAUAAUAGUUAUUAAAGCAAUUUUAUGUUAGAGACUAUUUUGUAAUGUAGUGAAUGGUACAUUUAUAAAAGUGACUGCCAAUAUAUUUUUAUAGCUAAUCUUUAUAAAUUCUAAAGUUGAGUUUUUAAUGAUUAUUUUAAAUGUUUAUAGAGUUUGUUUAGUAAAAAAAAUAUUUUGCAUCUCAAACUAUCAUUUUUAUAUUAUGGGAAGUAAAGUUCCCAGAUUGGGUAAUUGAAUUCUAAGUUUUGUAUGCAGUUUAUCCAAAGUUCAAAAAUGCUGUCAGUACACCGGUGUUUAACCUCUGUAUUCCAAUUUGUAUACAUUUUGAAAUUGUACUACAAAGCUAGUGUGCGCUUCUUAUACAAUAUGUAUUAUAUUGUUGUCUACGAAAUUAAAGGACAUUUGAUGAAAUUAA